AUGAAUCAAAAAAUUACAUUUUCUACUAUCUUGGUUGUGUUAACCUUAUUCUUUGUCUGCUUUACGAAUGCUGCUCCAAUUGAAGCUCGUGCUGCCGGUCAAGUCGUAUACGUUGAUUUCUUAUCCCCCACUACUGGCAGAACUACUGUUACUGAAUGGCAGACCGGAAAAUGUAGAAUGUUGGGACAAUUUAAUUCAGGAAUCACCCCUGGCACAUAUGAAUUACGAGUUUCCGGCACUCCAACUCGAACAAUUUCUAUUCCUCAAGCCUUAAUUUAUCCACCUGGAAUUGCAGCAUUUCAAUUUGAUUUCGAUCUAACCAUACAAGCUUUUGCCGGAAGAACUCUUUCACUCGUCCGUACCAGUCCUGCUCCUUCUGUUGUCGUUGAAACGAGACCUUUCAUUCUAGUUGGAGGACCAUAA